AUGAAAAUCCCGUACAUGGGGCACAACGUCGCCUACACCUCCUUGGAAAGAACCAAAAUCCACCAUCUCUUGCAGAGCACGCCUUCAACGGUUGAACUUGCAGAAAGGCGUUCUGAGUUGCAGAAGUUUUGAAGAAGCAACUCUAGCGCCACCUCCUCUGACGCCAUGGCUUCCUCUGCCUGCCUCAAGUCUGUGUCCACGCAGUUUGCCGUGAAGGGCCUGGAGUUGAGCUCCUCAAAGAAUGGUCUGAGCGGGAAUGCCGUCACUGCACCAGUCACGAGGACUGUUGCGGCCAGGAAGCAGACGGUCUGCAGGGCUGAGGCACAGGCAGACGUGCCGGCUGUCAGCAGGAGAGCAGCAGUCGCUGCCUUCGUUGCCGCCAUCGCCGCAACCAAGGCUACCCCAGCUUUCGCUGCCUAUGGCGAGGCUGCUAAUGUCUUUGGAGCUCCCAAGAAGGACACAAGCUUCGCUGCCUACAAGGGAAGCGGCUUCUCGCUAGAUGUCCCUGCAAAGUGGAACCCUAGCAAGGAGGAGGAGUUCGAGGGCACCGUCUAUCGUGCUGAGGACAACUUCGAUGCCACUAACAACCUGAGCGUGAUCAUUCUGCCCGCGAAGGAGAGCUCCAUUGAGGGUUAUGGAGCUCCUGAGGAGUUCGUCAACAAGUUUUCGUAUCUCUUUGGCAAGUCUGCGUAUUUUGGAAAGACCGACUCUGAGGGAGGUUUCAAGAGCGGCGUUGUCGCAAAGGCCGCUUUCUUGGGCGCCGAAACCCCGAAGGUUGAUGGAAAGACCUACUACAGAAUCGAGGUUCUAACAACUACUGCUGACGGCGAUGAGGGCGGCAAGCAUCAGCUUAUUUCCGCCACUGUAAAUGACGGCAAGCUCUACAUGGUUAAGGCCCAGGCCGGAGACAAGAGGUGGUUCAAGGGUGCCAAGAAGUUCGUCGAGGGCGCCGUCAACUCUUUCAAGGUCGCAUAAGCUAGCGAGUAUCGUCUGCUCAUUGCUCGGCCAGGGGCUCAGCUUGGUGCAUGCAAAUUCAGCAGCCUGCAGGUACGAUUGGCAGCUCGUAGCAGUGCAUUCAGACAGGUCAGGUGAUUGGUCAGGUGAUUCUUACGCCACAGCGCCUCCUCAAGCAGAUACUGAAUUGUCAAUACUUGGAUACCAUAGAAAUUACAAGCACAUUCUUUGGUUGAUAGUAUGUUGCAUCGGAUAAUUCAAUCCUAGGAACUGUCUGGAACGACUGCAAAUACCGAAUAAGCUGGUCUGCAAUCACCACCUUGGUCCAAUUUUCAUCUGCAGACCUGGGUUCUUGACAACGUCAAGGCUUGCAAUUGAAACAGUCAGUGCAUCAGACAUGGCUUCACAAAGAGCCGCCGCUACAUUAAUUGCACACACUGGCAAUCGACGCCUUUAGUCUCUCAGCCC